GCUUUGUACGAAGUAGGGUUUAAGUUAACACUCACUCCUCUUCUCGAUUUUAACCCAGAUACUGAACUCACUCGGCUUCUCUCUAUCGUGAAAACCCAGAAAUGGCGUCGUUUUGCAGAUCGGCAAUGACGGCAACCACAAGGUCCCUGGCAUCUCUAUCCAAAACGGCAGGUCAGAAAACACUAUACGCGAAAUCCAUGUCUUCUCCGUUCACUUCAACACCAACACGAACGAUCCUUGCCACUUCAAGGAUUGUUUCAGUUUUAGGGAGUGUGGAGUCGUUGAUGCCACUCCACAGUGCAAUUGCAAAUGCUAGACUCAAAUCUAGCAUCGCUGUUGAUUCUUCUUGCUGGAGCUGGCUCUCUCAAGGGCUUGCUACACCGUUGUGACACAGCCUGCUGGGAUGGUAAAUGUGAAGGAAACUGAAUCCAUUUUUGAGUCUUGAAUUCUUUCUCCUUGUAAUAUGGAAGCAUAUGCAAACUUGUUUUGGGCAAAAUGCUGUUAUUUUCACCUUUUGCUGUUGCCUUUCCCUUCCCACAUAGCAAAGAGAAUGGAUGACUUAGACUUGUCAUAUUUUGCUUGUUUGUUUAAUGGAUUCAUUGAGCUAUAAUGUUCUGUACCAGUUAAUGUUGUAUGAAGAAGGGGUCUGGUAAUGCCAUUUGUUAAUUUAA